AUGAACACCAGCAUAGCGGCUCACCCAACACGUAAGGUGUUCAAUUUUGAUGCGUUCGACAGCCGUCUCCACGAUCUGCUUCUCUCGGAAAUGGGCACAGCUCUAAGAUCCGAGGGAAGGAAUACUAUAACGGCGUGUGGUGUAAGCGGUAAAAAGGCGACGCUUCUUACGCUGCAAUUCGAAAAAGAGGAGGACUUUUUGAAAGUUUUUUCAAUAUUGGAAAAAUACACCAAACCUGAGAGCGCAGAAUUGGAUAGUCGAAAUCAAGAAAAGGUACCUGAGGUGAAGUCUGAGUCCAAAGACCAGACAGAAUCAGGAUUAGGCAAGACCGGAAACCUACCAUUUGAGACUAGGACUUCGCGACCUGUUAGUACUCCAAAAUUUGCCACCGGUCGUCACAAUCUGAAUGCAUUAAAUGACUCAGAGAGCUCUUCUGUGGAAGAUUCAUCCUCCAUUACAGCGCUUACUUUGACUGACGGAGAAUCUUCUUCCAGUUAUACUAAUGGAGUACUCUCAUUACCACUCAAAAAUUUUAACAAAAAAGAUGGCAACCAAUUUAAUGCCAACUCUAUUCCAAUUCGCAGAGGCAUUCCAAAGCAAUCAGUGACUUCAAGCUCUUCUUCCAAUAGUUCAUUCAAUCCUCUAAGACCAGUGAAAAUUGUAAGAAGACCUGAAAAACAAUCCAAACAAAGAAUGCACCGUCGAACAGUGAGCUCAUCUUCUGAGUCCUCCAGCGAUACCUUCAUACCUCAGAGAUCAGAGUACAGAGCAAUUUCAGUGCAGCGCCUAAACUCCAAACCUCGAAGUCCUAGCCUCAGUGACAGCAGUAGCAGCAACAGCAGUGGCUACUGCGAAACCUGUUGUAUUAGCAACAGUAGUUCAACUAUUCAUUUUUAUAGAGGCGUUGAUAUCAUCAUUCCGCAAUGCUCUCAUCACCAUUUCAACUCAACGUUGGCCAACGUGGGGAGGCACAAUGACACGAGUAACCGCAAAAAGUCCAAAGUCGCAAGCCAACAUCAGAAACCGUGGCUUUGCUUUUAA